UUAUGAGUAAUCGGAAUGAAUGCUAAUUUUGAUGUUCUGAUAUUGUAAUUUAUCGCUGUUUUGUAUCUAUUCUCUCUCUUCUAUUUUAACUUAAACCAUGAAAGUUUGCACUAUGUUAGCUGUUGAACAUUUUAGUAGAAAAUAUAAAAUAUUAUGAAUAUUAUUUAAAAUAUAAAACAGUAAUUUUUCUUCUAUGUUAUUUUUUUUUAAAUAUCAAUGACAUGAACUAAGUUUUUUGUUUUGAAUAAUGUUUAACAAUAGAAAAUAGUAUUAUAUUCUGGGAUUACAUUAUGAAAACAGCUAUUUUAUUAUUGGAUAAGUAUAAUCUGGCAAUAAGUGCCAUUUUAAUUGUUAUUAUGCAAAUAAUAUUUUUCACUAUAGCUGUGACAUUACAAUAUGACAAAGUUGCUGAUUUUGCUGGUGGUAUAAGUUUUAUUUUAGUUGCUCUAUUAACAUAUGGACUAGCUCAAACACAUGAUAGCCGUCAAUUUAUGGUAACAUUAUUUGUUGUUAUUUGGGGUAUUCGCUUAAGUUCAUACUUAUUUUAUCGAAUAUUAAAAAUUGGAAGAGAUGCUACAUUUUCUGAUAAAUGCAGUAAUAUGAUACGUUUUGCUGUAUUUUGGACUUUUCAAGCAAUAUGGGUUCUUAUUGUCAGCUUACCAGUCAUUGUUAUAAACGCAGCUCAUAAUUCAAUAAAAGUUGGUGCUCCUAAAACUAUGACUACUCUUGAUACUGUUGGUUGUUGUGUAUUCAUUUUUGGCUUUAUCAUAGAAACUUUUGCUGAUUUACAAAAGUAUGCAUUUAGAAGUGAAGAAACAAAUAAAGGCAAAUGGUGUGAUGAUGGUCUUUGGAGUAUGUCACGACAUCCAAAUUACUUUGGAGAAAUUGUUUUGUGGUGGGGUAUUUUUAUUGUAUCAUUGAAUGUUAUAAAAGGAAAUGAAUUUAUUGUGGUUAUAUCACCCAUAUUUACAACUUUUAUAAUACUAUUUCUCUCAGGUAUACCACAUUUAGAACGAAUAUCAGAUCAUCGAUUUAGAAAUAAUAUAAAUUAUCAGUUGUACAAACGAUCAACAUCUCCUCUUAUACCAAUACCACCAUCAUUUUACAUUGGAGUACCUGGUUUUAUAAAAAUGUUAUGUUGUUGUGAACUUCCUUUAUAUAAUUGGAUGAAAGCUCAUCAUACAGAUCCACCUGAAGCAGCACCAGCUCCAAAAUCUUCCUAGCAAAAAAAGGGAGCGGGUGUUACUAUGGUAGAAAUUACAAACCGCUCCCAAGAAAUUCCAAAAUAUUCAUCAUCUACUACAUAUGUCUAAUAAUAAAUUUCUAGAAAUAGGUAAAAAAUGUAUGUAAAAUUAGUUCAUUUUUUUCUUAUUAAGAAAUUAUUGAUUUAUAAAAUUUAAUAAUAAUCUAUUUAAUGAGAAAACUUUUGUUCUACACAUUAUUUUGAACAGUAAUAUGCUCUAAAGAAAUAAUAGAUAGUUAUUAUAAUUUAUAAUUGUAUAACUAAUUUUAAAAAUUAACAAAAUAAACUUAAAAAUAUUAGAUCAUUUACCAAUUUUAAUAAAUCAAUAUAAAUAUUAUUCUAAUUCAAAAAUGUUGGUUUACUAAACAGUAUCAUGAUUUUUUUUUUCAAUUAAAUAAUCUCAAAUGAAUAAAAAAUAAUAAUAAUUUAAUACAAUUAAUUGCACAAUA